AUGAAGAGGAAACAGAAGAGAUUUCUGCAGAUGACUUUGUUAUUCAUGGUGGCUUUAAUUUUCCUGCCCAAUAUCGGUCUCUGGUCUCUAUACAAGGAGAAGCACCUGGUGAAAUCCCCAGAGCCGGCGGAGCCGCAGACAUUCCCACUGGGCCUGGGAGAUGGGCAGUUCUAUGCAUGGACAGAUGGUUUGAGAAGAAAGGACUGGCAUGACUAUGGCAGCAUGCAGAAAGAGGCUAUGCGCUCAGGGAAAGGUGAACAUGGAAAACCUUACCCCCUCACUGAGGAAGACCACGAUGACUCAGCUUACAGGGAAAAUGGUUUCAAUAUUUUCGUCAGCAACAACAUUGCUCUAGAAAGGUCCCUGCCAGAUAUCCGGCAUGCCAACUGCAAGCACAAGAUGUACCUGGAAAGGCUGCCGAACACCAGCAUCAUUAUCCCAUUCCAUAACGAAGGCUGGACUUCCCUCCUCCGGACCAUACACAGCAUCAUCAACCGAACCCCGGAGAGUCUGAUCGCAGAAAUCAUCCUGGUUGAUGACUUCAGUGAUAGAGAACACUUGAAGGAGAAGCUGGAAGAGUACAUGGCUCGGUUUUCGAAAGUGAGGAUCGUCCGCACCAAGAAAAGGGAAGGGCUGAUCCGGACCCGACUCCUGGGGGCGUCCAUGGCCAGAGGCGAGGUCCUGACCUUCCUAGACUCCCACUGUGAGGUCAACGUCAACUGGCUGCCCCCGCUCCUCAACCAAAUUGCACUAAACCACAAGACCAUUGUUUGCCCCAUGAUCGACGUCAUCGACCACAAUCACUUUGGGUAUGAGGCGCAAGCUGGGGAUGCCAUGCGUGGUGCCUUUGACUGGGAAAUGUACUACAAGAGGAUCCCUAUCCCACCAGAGCUGCAGAGGGCGGACCCCAGUGACCCUUUCGAGUCUCCCGUUAUGGCUGGAGGGCUCUUUGCCGUGGAUCGCAAAUGGUUUUGGGAGUUGGGUGGCUAUGAUCCAGGUCUGGAGAUCUGGGGAGGAGAGCAGUAUGAAAUUUCUUUCAAGGUCUGGAUGUGUGGCGGAGAAAUGUUUGACGUUCCAUGUUCCAGGGUCGGUCAUAUCUACAGGAAGUACGUCCCUUAUAAAGUUCCAUCUGGGACCAGCCUGGCGAGAAACCUGAAGCGGGUGGCAGAGACCUGGAUGGACGAGUUCGCCGAGUACAUUUACCAGCGGCGCCCGGAGUACCGGCACCUGUCCACCGGGGACCUCUCGGCGCAGAAGGAGCUGCGCAGACAGCUCAAGUGCAAGGACUUCAGGUGGUUCAUGGCAGCUGUGGCCUGGGACGUGCCCAGGUACUACCCUCCGGUGGAGCCCCCGCCCGCGGCCUGGGGCGAGCUUCGAAACGUGGCAGCAAACCUCUGUGUGGACAGCAAGCACGGAGCCACGGGGACCGAGCUAAGGCUGGACGUGUGUGUCAAGGAUGGUUCUGAGAGGACCUGGUCUCAUGAGCAGCUCUUCACCUUCGGCUGGAGAGAGGAUAUCCGGCCAGGCGAGCCCCUGCACACUCGGAAGUUCUGCUUCGACGCCGUGUCCCACAGCAGCCCCGUCACUCUGUACGACUGUCACGGCAUGAAGGGGAACCAGCUCUGGGGCCAUCGGAAGGACAGAACGUUGUUCCAUCCUGUGAGUAACAGCUGCAUGGACUGUAACCCUGCAGAGAAGAAGAUCUUCAUGGCCAGAUGCGAUCCGCUCUCAGAGACUCAGCAGUGGGUUUUUGAACAUAUUAAUAUGACUGUUUUAGAAAAAUUUAACUACCAUGCCAGCUCCUAG